AUGUCGGUGGAGAGGGUGUUUGAGAGCAAGGAGGUCCUGCAAUGGAGGCAACAACUGACGGUGAGGGCCUUCGUGACUUGGACCAAAGUGCGAGAGAAGUCCGGGAUGUUGCAGGUCCCCUUCAUGAGGCAAGAGAACACUUUGAUUCAGACCUGUGUUGUUGCCUCCUCUAGGCUCGCUUUUAGCGGUCAGAUGCUGCUCAAGGGAAUUUUUAAGAUCAUUACGUGUGGAUUUCCUCCUUUAGAAGACCGAGAUAAGUCUCCGAAAGCACUUGCGGGACUUGAUUUUUUUGGAGGCGGUACAUUAACCGAAGAGGAGACUCGACCGGCAGCCGAAAAAGGAGCAGUUAAUGACAUCAUGUUUGACGUUUGGCUAGACAAUGAAGAGGCUAUGGGAAAACUAGAGACAGUCCUCGAUGGUUUUGAGAAUGAGGUGGUAGUUCCUUCAUCGUUUGUGUUAAUGGGAAACUUUUGCUCUCGACCCUGCAACCUUUCUUUUCAUUCCUUUUCUUCGCAGUUCGGCAAGCUUGGGCAGAUGACUGAAUCCCACCCACGUCUGAAGGAGCAUAGUCAGUUUUUGUUUAUUCCGGGCCCUGAGGAUGCAGGUCCCUCAACAGUUUUACCUAGAUGUGCUUUGCCAAGAUAUAUCACAGAAGAGUUUCAGAAUCACAUUCCAAAUGCCAUAUCUUCAAGCAAUCCAUGCAGAAUCAAGUUCUAUACCCAAGAAAUCGUAUUUUUCCGCCAGGAUUUGCUAUACAGGAUGCGUUGCUCCUGUCUGAUGCCUCCCUCCACCGAAGAAACAAAUGAUCCUUUCAAGCAUUUAUUGGCUACAAUAACGCAACAAAGUCAUCUAUGCCCUCUCCCUCUUGUCCUGCAACUGGUCAUUUGGAAUAACGAUCGUAGUCUCCACCUGUACCCAACUCCAAACACGAUAGUUUUAGGCGACAAGAGCGAGCAGAAGGCGUACAGUUACACGGGAAUCACUUGCUUCAAUACUGGUUCUUUCUCAAAUGAUGGCACCUUUGUUGCUUAUCGCCCUUGCACUCGAGAAGUGGAGUUAUCAGCCUUACCAGCAUAA